AUGGCUGCCUACGAAUACUAUCGCUCCGCCGCCCCAGGAUGGGGCACAAACCAAUAUCAACUCGGGCCUCCGCCCAUGCCUACUAUGCAACCCCAGCCUAAUUGGACGGGCAUGGACUUCUACAAUGCGCAUGCCGUCAAUCCUGAUUCAACCUUGUACCAGUCGAUUAUGGGCGGACUGCCCUCUCUCGCCGGCAUGGGCGUCGACCACCGAACGGCCAGAGAACGUCAUCGAAUGGUCUACGGAGGUCUCGUUCCUGUGCGCCAAUUACUUCCUGCCGAUGUCGGCGCUGCGGCUGCCUACGAGGUGUACCGCACCUGGAAGUACAACUCUUCCCUCUAUGCGCCUCUCAGUGCCGAUCGCAUGCUGCAGCGCGAAGGUUUGAUCGGGAUGGCCAUCGCUGAAGCAACGCGGCUUUGGCAGCACACUGGGCGUGCCGCGGACGUCUACGGCCAGCGCGCCGCGUGCGAGUCCGCCGCCGCGACGGCAUCGCACCUCGCAGAUCGGUUCCUCAGCAUGUCCGGCAUGGCCGGCGGCGCCCCGCUCGUCGGAUCCUACGGACACGGCGCCCCCAUGGCCGUCCCCAUGACCGCCGCGAGCAGCGCCUACGGCAGCCCGUACAUGGGCGGCGGCCCCGCGUCCUACGGUGGCUACUCCCCGAGCGCGGCGUACCGCCACCCCUCGCGCUCGCCCGGGCGCGGGAACGCGGCCGUGCUCGCCAUGCCGGGCGACACCGUGGUCGUCCACGGGGGCCACCGCGCGCAUUCGCGCGGGCGCUCGCGGUCGCGGGAUAGACGCGAUCACCACCACCACCACUCGCACAGCGGGCACGGCGACCACCGCUCGCACUCGCACUCGCGCUCGCGCUCGAGCCGUCACCACAGUCCCCAUCCCCACCACCAUCCCCACCACCACCAUCCGCGCCGGCACGCGAGCGUCGAAGUCAUCCACAGCGGUGGAGGGUACGGCUACGGAGGCGGCGGCUAUGGAGGCGGCGGGUACGGAGGAGGGUACCCUGCAGUCGGGUACUCUAGGAGGUACGGCGACCCUUACUACUCUUUCCGCGAUGAUUCACAUUGUGUGAUCGCAUGA